AAAACUAAAAACAAAAAAAAAAUUAAAACCGAAGUUAGGGUUGUACUUCAACCCCCGCCGCACUACUUCCUCCGUCGUCUCUUUAUCGCUAAUAGCAAGCCGCAAGAGACUGUGAGCUCAGCAAUGGCAGCAAAAGCAAGGAACCCCAGAAAGACCAGGAACCCAGAUCUCGUCCGCGGGGUGGGUAAGUUCUCGAGGUCCAAAAUGUACCACAAGCGUGGUCUUUGGGCUCUCAAGGCCAAAAACGGCGGCGUCUUCCCUCGCCACGAUGCGAAGCCGGCAGCCGAGACCCAGCCUGAGAAGCCGCCCAAGUUCUACCCCGCCGACGAUGUCAAGAAACCCCUCGCCAACAAACGCAAGCCCAGGCCCACCAAGCUCAGGGCUAGUAUUACAUCAGGGACGGUGCUGAUUGUAUAAGCUGGAAGGUUUAGGGGAAAGAGAGUUGUUUUUCUUAAGGAGCUUUCAUCUGGGCUACUUCUUGUUACUGGUGAGUUCCGAUUUUUUUAAACAGAAAUUAUUGUUCCUGAAUUUCGAAUGAAUGUUAAAAAGUUUUAUGUUACUGGGAGGUUCCUUUGAUCAGUUGAGAGACUAUAGCUACAAAAUUUUGACAAAAUUUUAACAAAAUUUUGUAUAAAUGGUCAAUCCAACUUAACUUAUUUUAACAAAAUUUUGAUGAAAUUGAUGAAAAAAGACUAUAGCUACACAUUUUGAUAAGUUGAGGGAUCAAUAGUAAUAGAUUUUUAGUUAAGGAAUCAUUGCUACAAUUUACUCAAAAGUUAAUAAUUUAAGUAUUAAAAUUUCUCACCACUUACAUUUAUGUGGUAUACCAUUGUUCCGACCGUAAUAAAAAUUUCUCACGAGAAAGAGGGGCGGAAAGAAUUAACAAAAUGUACCUGGCUAAAGGGUGGAAAAGUGUGUCUAGCAACUUUUUAUAAGAUUAUGAAGGGAAUGAAAGUUGAGAGAAAGGAAGCACUUUGAAGGGAGUGAGAAAAAGAAGGGCGCUCCACUAAAAGGGAACUGGGAAGGGUAAUUUGAGAUUAGAGGGUUUGGAAGAUGUCUUUAGAAAAUAUGAUGAAUGUAAAAGAGAUAGGACCUCACUUUUAUCGUAAAAGGAUAAAAAAAAUAGAUAAUAAUUCGACGAAUGAGACUUGUUUAAAAGUGAUAAUUAUCGGUGAGUUCUAUGGAAAACUCAAAUAUUAACAGAAAUAAAACAAAGUCAAUGAUAUAAAUAUAAAAUAUAAUAUAAAUAAAACAAAGUCAAUGAUAGAAUUAUAUGAUAUAAAAUUAUUAUAUAUUGGGAUCAAUUUAAUCAUAAUCAUCACGCAAUCAGAGCCAAUCAACAAAUUGGACUGACUUUCGUAGUGUCCUCCGACAAUGAAAUUUGUAAGCCAAAUGAUAUGUCACCAAUAAAAAAUAAACACAUUAAUCAACACUUAAAUAACAAUCUAAUCAUCAACAUCCACAUCAUUUGGUUAACAAAAUUUGGUUUAGAAAUUUGAUCUUCCUAACAUUACCCUUAAAAAAAAUCUAAGAAUAAAACACAUGGCUAAUGCAUCUGGCGACUCUCAGUCAUCCCAUGUUCAAAACUUGGUGGGUUAAAUGGAUGUGUUAUCUCUUCUGCAGUGAAUUAGUGUAGGAUGAAUACUAGUUUAUAUUGAUUUUUUCCUCGACUUAAUCAUUUUGAUCAAAUACUUUGAGUUUUUAUUCUAUUUGGCAUGCUCGCAACACUGUUCGUUUUCAUGAGGAGGUUGUUUCCAUCAAUUAUGUUGUAAGGGCGAUUAAAUUUCAACUCCUUGAAAUUGAUUCUCUCAAUUCCGGCUAUAUGAAGAAUUUUGUGAAAGAGCUUUGCAUUCUUCAUUCUAUUGGUGUUUGUGGAUGUCCUACUAAGGCUCCAAAAAUUAUUGAGUUAUUGUGGCGCUCGCCUUCUCAAUCUUGGAUCAAAAUAAAUAUUGAUGGUGCUGCAAGAGGUUCCCCUAGUGUGGCUACAUUUGGUGGUAUCUUUUGGGAUUUUACGGGUCAUUCUCUUGGUUUUUUUGCGGGUUCAAUAAGCUUGGCCUCUUCUUUGGAUGCUGAAUUACGCGCUGUUAUUCAUGUUGUAUCUUUAUUGGUAUAAAGGUUGGCAUUCCUUAUGGAUUGAACGUGACUCCUCACUGGUUGUUCAUAUCUUCUUUCAUCAUUUUCACCUUCUUUGACAUUAUCCCUUGGAGACUUUUGGUCAGUUAGCAUAACUGUCGAGUUUUACUAUCCUCCAUGCAGGUUCAGAUUUCUCAUAUUUUUAGAGAGGGUAAUGAAGUUGCUGAUUGUUUGGCCAAUCAUGGUGUUGAUCACCCCGGUGUCCAUUAGUGGGAUUCAUGCCCUCCUUGUGCUGCAGCUACUUAUUUCUCACCUUUCUAACCUUCCUUGUUAUAGGUUUUGCUGAAAGAGGUUUUGAAUUGUUGUUAUGAAUUAUUUAAUGGUCUGGGUUUGGCCUCAUAUCCCCCUUGCCAUAUUGUAUUUUUCUUGUUUAUCAAUAAAUUAUCCUUAAAGUCACUUCCAUGAUAGCAAUCCUGGAGUGGGAUGGACUUUGCGGCCAAAUUUAUUAAAAAAAAAAAAAAAAAAAGGUACUUUGGGUUGUGUCCCUGACUUGUACAGUUGUACCACACUAGCCCUAACAGGAACAAUGUUUGAAAUGCUUACUCUAGAAAAUACGUACAAUGGCUUGACCAAAUAGCUCUUAGUUUGAACAUUGCAUGAUCGAAUGAUUGAUGCAGACUAAAGCAUCUCCGUGAAAUAAGGAUUAUGUAUGUGCCGUGCAAGUUGUGCAGCAUUAGGUUACAAAGCCACACUGUCUUAUACGUUUUUCUGCAUUUUUGGUCGGGAAAUUGUCGCAGGUUUUAAAUACCAGGUAGUCCUUGGGCUGCAAUGAGA